GUUUAAAGGUAGUUCUUUUAACGAGUAAAUCGCGUUACACGUGUUGCUACAACUGUUUACAUAGUGCACCUGUAAGUGGACGUAUUAGAAAGAGCUUUGAAACAGACUUCAAAGCUGUAAGUGUAAAAAGUUGGCUGGGUGUUAACAAUGACAAGAAAAAUUGCAUAUGCGUUAUUUAAACAGUUAUAGCAACACUUGGGGACGUGAAACGCUAUAUUUAUCAGAACCCUGCUACUUCCUCUAAGAGUAGCCCUUGUUCCCAAAGAGACCCGACUUCAAAAUAAAUAUUUUUUUAUUGUACGUUGGGAUCAUUAAAAUGCAUGGUUAGUUGUGACCUAUCAUUUUAUUUUCAUGCUGUUUUUAUAAGACCAUUUUGCAGCCCUUCCCUUAAAUUUGCAGAUUACCUAACAUUUCGUUUUUUAGCUUUUUUUUUCAUAGAAAUGCAAAGGAUCUUUUCCUGAAAAUUUGAAAAAAUUCAGAGUGUUCAACAAAAACAACAUAUUUAUUACCCUGCACACUUUUUUUUUUUUUUUUUUUUUAAACCUAGGGACUGUACUUUCUAACUAUUAAAAGUCCACAUUGAAUUAUUGCAAGAUUUUUCCAUUUGUCUCUUAAAACUCCAUUAGUGUGACGCUUUAAGCAGUUUUAGUGAACUUUUUUGUGUUCUGUUUAGAUGUGCAAGUUCUCGGCAGGAAGCUGGCGUUUACAAAGUGGGAGACAUGAGUAAAAAAAUAAGAAAUGUAAUAUCAUAGGGAAAAUAACACAGUAUGUUAUGGGGAAGACCUCUAAUUAAAUAAGCAAUGCUGGCAACAUAAAUGCACACAUUACAUAUCCCAAUAUGCGCUAAUGCUAGAGUUAUAAUUCCACUAGCUAGUGCAAUGAUAACCUAGAGCUAACCUUAACUGUAAGCUACAGAAGCAACACUGUUUUAAGAAUUUCGAAUUUAUAGCACUGCUAAAAUGAUAUAUAUUUUAGUUUUCACAGCAUUUUAAUAGGGACCCGUACCAAAUGUAAGCAUUGCAAUAGUUCUUUGUAAGAAUGAAUAAAGAGAACCUUUGGAUUUGAAGGUUGUUGCACUGCUUUCUAACGUUACCUCUUGGCUUGCCUCGAGGUGAAGGUACGCCUCGCAUCCUGAAGGCUGUCGCCCUGCAAUAAAGACACCUUUGUGACUCGGCCAGCGUGCAGACAGCUUUCCGGAGAUUUGUUGCAGCCAAACUGACCUAUUGCCACUUGAUGCACAGCUGGGGGUGGCUCUCCCCACACUGGAAUGCUGCUGCUGCUGGUAGAGAUCACCUACUGUGCCCAGAGAAAUUAUGAGCGUUGAGCAACAGCCUGCUAUCUGGUAGCAGCACCGAAAACACAGAGAAAUAAUCCACUCAUCAAGUGAAUAACUCAUUCUUGUUUGACUGUGGCGAAGACUUUUAUUUCUCUGUUUCCUUUCAUUAAAUACAUGUGCUACUUUGUGACUGGCAGCUGGAAAGGGCACAGUAAAGCUGGAAUUUGCCACCUGUAAGUAUCAUGUGCUUCUCCUCUGCGUUCUUCAAGCUGCCGCGGAAAGUCAAGUUCUUGGUGCUGGUUGGCUUCUGCGUGAUGAUCCUGACUUGGAUCGCCACCUUUGGCAAUGUGACCAAUGCGAUCAGAGACCGUCCACGCUUGGUGGAGUUGGUGAGGUCACAGAAGGUUGUGACUGAGGGGUUGAGAAGUGCAGAGGAGUUGGAAUGGGGGAAUCGCCAUCCUUCUCUAGCCCCAGUGGCCACACUCCAGUCCUGCCCCGCACUUUCUCCUCAUCUACGUGGUCCGUUGGCACUCUUCUUCAAGCCCUCUCUAACACUGGCCGAGGUGGAGCGGGAGAAUGCCCGGGUGGUGGAGGGGCAGUAUGAGCCUCCGGAUUGCCAGGCCCGCCAGAGCGUUGCCGUUCUGAUCCCCCACCGCAGCCGUGAGAAGCACCUGCGCUACCUGCUGCAGCACCUGCACCCUUUCCUGCAGCGGCAGCAGCUGCACUACGCCAUCUACGUCAUCCACCAGGUACAGCAUGAUCCGAGGCAAACCACAACAUCUGAAGAGUGUAUACAAACUGUACAGCAAUUUAUCUCGCCCCCAUGUAAUGUUCAAGCUUGUGAGAAAGUUGAAAGUGUCAGGAAUUUUUUUUUUUUCAUUCAGACAUAAUUAAUAAAUGUGUAUGAUACUGCACCGCACAACUAUAAAACUGAA